CUCCAGCCGAGGGAAGGAAAGUACAAGCUCACCGAGACGAGAGACGGAGUCAGUGUCUCCAGGAAUUCCGGACUCCAGUACGGAAAGGGAAGGGCUGCUGUGGACUGUUAUGGGGAUAGGAUCACGAGGAAGCCAAGGCCAUACAGCGCCCUCCGGCCAUUGUGACAGGGUAGUAGAGAGCUGUACCCUUGUCAGGACCCACAGUAUGCGUGCGUGACACGGAGACCCUCCUGACUUGACCUGACUGGAAAGGGAGAGAGUGCCAGGCGAGACGUCUCCUGGACGCGUAUGCGCCACCGAGACGGGGCACCACGUCACUGCCAGCGAGAAGUCAGCAGAUUUGAUGAAGGAGGGACUCGUAGCGACUACCUGACAGAAAGUGGGAGGGGAGGAGGGGCAGCUGUGGGGAGGGGAACUAGUCCGCUGGUUUAACUCACUGACAGCGGCGGGGACAGCAGCAGUGGAGUAUUUCUCUCGGUCGCCCUACGCCUUCGGACGGUGUGGCUCGAUCACCGGACGUUUGUUAAUCGGAGCGUUCCAUCGAACGUGCGCGACCCAUCCCGCCCCCCUCUCCACUGCCCGGCGCCGCGAACUGGCUGCACGUCCUGGCCGCCGCGGUGCGAACUCUGUUCGCCUGUCACACUUUUUAUUUUCGCGCUGUUGUUGUUUAUAAACCCAUCCCGUCCCCUUCCUUUUACUCUUUCCUCCGAAAAGAAAACGACAGCCAGCUUUUGUCGCGGUCGAUGUUUAACACUGAGAAAGUGGCUCCUGGCGGCGCUGCUGCUGCAGCUGCUGGUGGUGGCGGUGGUGGGAGAAGGUUCUCUGGUUCUACGGGGGAAAGGGGGUCGUUGGCGCUGAAAGCAAACACCCAGGAUAGGGCAAAGACCAACUGCAGCAGCCCGACCUCAGCAGCUGCAGCCGCGGAUUCGUUGCGGGUAGUCCGCGAGGACCAGCAGAACCACCACCACCGUCAUCCGGAAGCUGGCAAGGUUGUGGAGGGUUUACUCAGCAAGUACACCAAUCUGAUCCAGGGCUGGCAGCACAGGUAUUUUGUUCUGAAUUGCGAGUUGGGCGUUCUGCAGUACUUUGUAAACGAACAAUGCAAAGGUCAGAAGCCACGAGGAGUUCUACAUUUGUCUGGUGCAUUGAUCUCUCCCAGUGAUGAGGUUUCCCACAUGUUUAUAGUCCAAGCUGCCAGUGGUGAACUGUAUAAACUACGAGCAGGGGAUGCCAAAGAGCGACUCUACUGGGUGAACCAGCUUCAGGCUUCUGCCAAGCACCACACAGAAAAUAAUACGAAGAGUACGCCUUCAGUAAGAGCUAGAAGUUUGUCUUUGCUUCCUCCUGGGAUAUCAAAUCCAGCAUCUCUUGGUAGCCAGAAGCACCUGACACACAGUGGGCCAGGAAUUAUCACUAUCACACAUCACAAGUCUCCCGCUACCACCCGACGUGCAAAGAAUCAGUGUCCCGGCCGCCUUUUAGAUGUCAAAGAGAUGAUGAGUCAGGCAGAAGGACAGCAAAAGAGUCUUGUGCAUUCAAUCGAAUCUCUCCCACCUUGCGGACCUCUAUCUGCAUUGGAUCAAGAUUUGCUGCUGUUGAAAGCUACCUCAGCUGCUACCAUGAGCUGCCUUGGUGAAUGCUUGAACAUUCUGCAACAAAGUGUGCAGCACUCUGUCCAGCAUAGCAAAAGAUUGUCAAAUGAAACUGUCUUAGGAUGGCAGGGACCAAGAUCUCGUUCAGCUGAGCAAUUGAAGAAUGGAAAUGUAUGCGCUUCACCUUCAGUGCCUUCAAAUAAUGUGAACAUUGUGUGGUCUGCAACGCCUAGUCAGGCCACACAAGGAUUUCAGCAGCCCUCUGAGCAUCAAAAUUCUGAAGUCAUAAAUCCUGAGGAUGAGAUAACAGACAGUGAGGAUAAUAUAGAGGAAGACUUGGGAGUCCUGGAUGAUCAGCGCAGCGUUAUCCUACACCUCCUUUCUCAACUGAAACUUGGCAUGGAUCUUACUAGGGUGGUGCUUCCAACAUUUAUUUUAGAGAAAAGAUCAUUGCUGGAAAUGUAUGCAAAUUUCAUGGCCCAUGCAGACAUUUUUGUGUCAAUCACAGCAGGAUUAACACCUGAACAGCGGAUUAUCAGCUUUGUGGAAUAUUACCUGACUGCUUUCCAUGAGGGCCGAAAGGGAGCAGUUGCAAAGAAACCUUAUAAUCCAAUAAUUGGAGAAACUUUUCAUUGCUCUUGGGAUGUGCCAAAAACUAAUGUAAAAUCCAGUAGACCCAAUGUCAUUUCAACAUUUGGCAAGGAUCAGCCCAAACUCGAGCAAGCAUUAGAGUCUAGCAAGGACCCAACAGAAUGCUACAAAGUGAGAUUUACAGCAGAACAAGUUUCCCAUCAUCCACCGGUUUCUGGUUUUUACUGUGAAUGCGAGGAGAGGAAAAUUUGUGUGAAUGCACAUGUGUGGACCAAGAGCAAGUUUAUGGGCAUGUCCAUAGGGGUCACCAUGGUGGGGGAAGGUGUACUUUUCCUUGGUGAGCAUGAUGAGGAGUAUGUUUUUACAUUGCCAAGUGCCUAUGCACGUUCAAUAUUGACAGUCCCUUGGGUAGAACUUGGGGGUAAAGUCAGUAUUAACUGUGCCAAGUCUGGUUACUCUGCUGCUGUCACAUUCCAUACAAAGCCUUUCUAUGGAGGAAAAGUCCACAGAGUUACAGCUGAAGUGAAGCAUAACCCAACAAACACAAUUGUAUGCAAGGCACAGGGAGAAUGGAAUGGAACUCUUGAAUUCACAUACAGUAAUGGAGAAACAAAAGUAAUUGAUACAACCAAACUGCCAAUAAUAAGAAAGAAAAUACGCCCCAUCAAAAAACAAGGGUUGUUCGAAUCCAGGUGUCUUUGGGAACAGGUUACCAAUGCACUACAAGCUGGAAAUAUUAGUGCAGCGACUGAGAACAAGCGCAUUCUGGAGGAGCGGCAGAGGGCUGAGGAAAGACAACGAGCAUCAUCAAACACUCUUUGGACGCCAAAGUAUUUCCUAAAAGAGGGAGAUGGUUGGGUGUACCAUAGUCCCCUCUGGAAGACACAGUGCUGACAGACUGACAAAUCCAGCUUAACCUCUGCCACUACCUCAGAUUUCCUCUGAUUCGGCUCUUGUCAUCUGCAAAAGGUUCUGAGGUGAUGUUGAUGUGGCAAAAAAAGGUUAAAAAAUGACAAUGCUGUGUAAAGCAAAUGAACUUUUUUUGAACAAGACAUAUAUUGUGUAUUAAGUUAAAAUAGUUGCAGGUUCACCAAAACAAAUUUAUUCAGGCACUGACCUGUACACAUGUGGCAUCUGCAUGUGAGAGAUUGAAAUGUCAAUGAUGGAGAAAUUUUAUUUUACUGUUUCAAGAUUUUAUAUUUUUCACUUGCAAAGACUUGUUUUUCACUUAUAUUAAGAAAUGUGCCAUUGGUGUAGUUACUUUAGGCUGUAUGUGUGAACCAAAAGAUAUAAUUCAUUGUCAAUGUGUUUUAAUGUGAUUAUUGAGCAUGCCAUUACACACAUUUUAGCAUACAGUACUAUAAUGCACAUUGGCCCUUUUUUAAGACUAUGAUGCACUUCAUCAUGUGCACUAAUAAGUCCAUAAAACUGAGUCUCUGUUUAAGUUAUCAUAAACAAAUAGCAGUUUGAAACACGCGCAUCUGCUAAGAAACACAGCCAGCCAUAUCUGGUAUUCACAAGGUUGUGAAAUGUGGCUGAACUUUAUAGUUUCCACAAACUAAGCAGAAGAGGCCAUUUAGUUUCCAUGUGCAAUCAAUAAAACUUCUGUAAAUUGAAAAUAAUUUGAAAAAGUUAUUUUAAUGCUUUUAAUACACCUCCUGCUCCCCCUCUUGUUCAGAAUAAUAGAUACAAUUAGGAGAGUUGAGCUGGCUAAGGAUUUUAAAAGUGCCCUUGUCUCAAACACAAUAGUAAACUGUAAUGUUACAAAUUUUUUUUAAUUUAUAAUUUGAAGCUCAUAAGAACUGGCUGACUUAGGUGGAUAUAAAAAUAUUCCAUGUAUAUGAUAGAGUUCUCUUUUUGUCUUUGCAUCUAUUUGUGAUUCUUUAUUCAUAUAUAAAUUCAUUUUUAGGCACUCUUCCAAUUCUGCAUACCUCUGCACCAACAAGUUACCUUGAUAUUACCAAAAGCAAUGGCAUCUCUUUGGUGUCACUCCUUCCUUGCAAUUAAUAGAAAGCAUACAACUGUAUUGUGUAUGUCAACACAAAUCUGUAUCUUGACCUGCAUUUAGCUCCAUAGCACCCACUUUAAAAUAUGAUGCCUUGAAAACCAUCCACUAAAAAUGUGGAAGUUUCAUUUCAGAACAAGCAUUCAGGCAUGUUUGACUUUGGACUGUCCACUUGAAACUUGUACUUUUUGAACAGAAGUCAUUUUGGAUUUCUUAGAUGCUGGAAACAAUUUCAGUUUGACUUUGAGCUCUAAUAGUAUUAUAAUACAAUGUGACAGUUAAUUCUGGGGGAAAGCAGCAUACUAGAAAUAUCCUUUUACAGAGACAGGGGGCCAAAGUGAAUAUUGGGAUGAUGCUGAUGUUCAUAAGAAUAGGCUAAUAUAAUUAAUUAAAUAAAUGUUGCUAGCCAUUUCAUUGCUGCGCUUCAAAAUGCUACAGUGCAGAUUUCAUAGAGUCAUACAGCACGGAAACCGACUCUUCGGUCCAACACGUCCAUGCCGAUCAGGUAUCCCAAACUUACCUAGUCCCAUUUACCUGCAUUUGUUCCAUAUCCCUCUAAAUUUUCCCUAGCCAUGUACCUGUCCAAAUGUAUUUUAAAUGUCAUAGAUGUACCUGCCUCUACCACUUCCUCUAGCAGCUCAUUCUGUACAUGCCCUAUCCUCUCACCUUAAUCCUAUGCCUUCUAAUUUUGGACUCUCCUACCCUUGGAAAAAGACCUUGGCUAUUCACCUUAUCUAAGAUCAACCAGUCAAAUAGUCUGUUCUAAAUUUUAUGCUCCACGCACAAUUCUUCUCAUUCUUCCUCAUCUAACUCUAUAACUGUAGCCCUCUAUUCCCUCCUUCAUUUCUAUUCUUAUAUUCUUAUUCUUGUAAGACUUUUUAAAAAAUCUUUCUUCAUUUUAAAUGUAUUCCUUUAUUCCGCAGUCUCUGUCUAUCAAAGCAAAUUCUUUUUGUCAGAAGUCUCUAGGCAAAGAAGUUCUCCUAAACUUCCUAUUUGAUGUCUUGCUGACUAUCUUGUAUUGAUGGCUUCUAUUUUGCUCUUCCACUCAAACAGAAACAAUUUCUAUGUCUAUCCUGUUAAAACUGUUGAACCCUUAAAGAUCUCUAUCGAGUCACCCUUCAGGCUUUUCUUCUUAAGAUUAAACAGUCUCUGAUAUUUUAAUAUCAUCCUUGUAAAUAAUUUUUGCCCCCUCUCCAGCACAUCUUUAUUCUUUUCAGUGUAUGGCAACCAGAACUAUACAAAGUACUUUAAAACUGAUCUAACUGAAUUUUGCUACAAGUUUAGCACAACAUCUCUAUUUUUCAAUCCAAUUUUCAACUUUUCAAUUCUGUUAGAUAUAAGUAAAGGCAAAGGAGUAAGAAGAUGUAAUUUUGCUGACUCUGGUUUCUUAAAACUAAACAGGUUGGAGAUUACAAAAGUAUCCAUGUCUCUUCCCAUUUAUGUAUGUGAACUUUAAUCAUGAUUAUUUUGAAAUUGUCACUUUAUAUGUAGCAUUUAUCAUUUUUGGAUAAAAGUUGUUUUCUUCUGUGGUGUGAAUUUUGAAAGGGUGUUUGUAAUAGAUCGCAACCAAAUUAAAAUUACAGAAAGUGCAGUUGGCCUCAAAAUUCAAAUUUUUGUGGAGAACAGAAUUAGGCUUGAUAUGGAGGUGCUGGUGUUGGACUGGUAUGCACAAAGUCAGAAGUCACACAACACCAGGUUAUAGAUUAAUAGGUUUAUUUGUAAUUUCAAAUAAACCUGUUGGACUGUAACAUGGUGUUGUGUGACUUCAGAAUUAGAUUUGACUGUGAAUACCAGUUCCCAUAUUUGAAAGACUUUCAGAUGGUCAUGAAUAUAUUGGAGGGCUGCUGCUUUUUGUAGUACUGCACCAUGCCAUGUUUCAAUAACUCACGGAGGGGGAGGGUUUGUAAAAUCGGGUAAAAUUAUGUAAUUAUCAACUACUCCAUGAUUCUUUGUUCUUAAGCGAACGUUCUAUGCAACAGUAUUGUGAGGAGUUAUUUGGCAUGAACAGUUCAACAUGAUGUAAUUUUCCAAAACGUAAAGGUGAAGUAAUGCCAUCUGCUUGGUGCUGAUAUCAUGUACUUGACAGAAUCACAGUUCAGAAAAUUGUAAUUUUGAGUAAAAAGUAGUAUAUUUGCAAUAACUCCCUGUGACAGAGGACCAAAAAAGAAUUACAAGUGGUAGCGUGUCACAACAACUGACCUUUGCUUCUUCAAGCAGAAAAUCUAUUUCAAUUUAGUGACUCCUGAAAUUGUAUGAAAGAAGAUAUUCAACCAUGCUAUGCUAAUGGGCAUGGAGUCUCAAUUAAGGAUGGGUAUAUAGAAGCAGUGGAUCAGGGUGUAUGGAGCAGUGUUGUAGCUCCACCUCUGACUUGCACAUCCGUUGUAGCAAAACUCCAGAUUGACUUUGCACAAUUGAGUAAGGAUAUGUCUGGCCUCAAGUGUGAUGACUUCGAAAGUGAAGUAGUUAGUCAACAAACCAGAGAGGCAUAGCAAACUCUUGCUGAUAAUGUAUAUUUGAUUUAUCAUGAUGAUAGCACAGCAGUGUCUAACCUAGCUGAUAUCCAGAUUUGAAGAUGAAUUGUCAUUCUUGAAAUCACUUCAACCAUACAGCAGUAUUGUAUUAUGGCUUGAAACAUUUUUCAGAGACCAAAAUGACACUUAUUUAUAAAAAUAGAGGCCUUAAGUGAGAAAUAUUUUGUGCAAUUUAAAGUCAGCAAUUAAUCAUCCUUGUAUAUUCAACCUAUCGUAGUAAAUAUAUAUUUACAAUCAUAUGCCCAUUCACUCUGCUGAUUAAAAAUUAACAGAUUCUGCGUAAUGCUAUGCUUGUCUGGUCCCUUCUAGUGUGGAAGUAGGCCAUUCAGCCCAUAAAGUCCACACCAGCCCUCCAAAGGACAUUCCAGACUCACCCUAUCCCUGUAGCCAUGCAUUUCCCCAUGGUUAAUCGAACUAGCUUGCACAUCCUGAAGACAAUGGACAAUUUAGCAUGGCCAGUCCACCUAACCUACACAUUUUUGGGACUGUCGGCACAAACCAGAAUACCUGGAGGAAACCCAUGCAAACACAUGGAGAACGUGCAAACUCCACAAAGACAGUUAUCAGAGGGUGGAACCCUAACCUGGGACCUUGGUGCUGUGAGGCACAGUGCUAACCAUUAAGACACCGUGCUGCCUAUAUUCUACUUCAGCGUAGAAUUGCUACAUGGCUCAUGUUUGGUAUUAUCCCUUUGCAUGCUAACUGAUUUCUAAUUGUAAACAAUUUUCUUAAUCGUGGGAAGGCUAUAGGGCGGGUGAAAACAACAGUUCUAAGUAUAUGUCAAAGGCUAAGUGCUUAACAGGUUUGGCCAUAGUCUGAAGGUAGGCCAUCUAGCUGCUCGCUCAGCUGAAAAUGGAUUACCAAUUGUGGAGUUGGAGGGGAAAGCAAGGAAAUGUUCAGAGUUAGCAUAUUUUUAACAAAGGAAUUAAAUUUAAUUUGUUAAUGCAUUUAAAGAAAGAUUAAAGGAAUAACUAAACCUAAUUCAUUUACAGUUUUGAAGCAAAUGUCUGAGGCUUUGUUUGACCCGUGGGACUUGGCCCUGAAAGUUUCUCAUAUUGGAUUCUGUAGCUUGUGUGUGCUGUUUUUCUCACCAACUCACUUUCAUCAAUGGUUGCAUUACUUUACCUGAGGGUAUGGAGUCAAGUAAAUUAAUCCAGCUCAGUUGCAAAACUGCUUUUUUUUUGAUUGAUAAUUCCACUUGCUGAUCUCUAAUUAAAUGUAAACAAAAUGUUAAUGUUUAUUUGCUGUCUUGCUACCACUGGCAUUGUACCAUUAAUUGUCAUGCGGUAGAAACAGCCACAGAUUCACUUGAGGUAGGUGCCAGAGAAUUAUUUUACCCCAGUGCAAUUUCUAAAUUCUUAGAAUUCAGUCAAGAUAAGGAAAGCCAAUGAACAAUGGCUUUCACAUCUCAAGCCUCCUCUACAAGAUUUGUUCAAAAUGUGCAACAGGAAAUAUUUUUGCAUAAAGUAGGACGUUGGAGAGGAUUAAUUUUUUUACUUUACUUUUUAAUUUUCACCCAAUCAGUUGCGCCAAUUAUUCCUCAAUAUUCAUAUUCAUAUGCAACCAAGAACUAGUAACUCACACUGUUUGCACCUGCAACAUUUAGACUUAAUUGAAAACUUGCUUAUUUCACUAAUUUACCUGUGAAUGGUCUAUUCAGCUAAUGCUGGAGUACCAGUUCCUGGAGAAGAAACAAUCAACUGCUUCUAACUAUAUCUAACUUUAAACAGGUUCCUAAACAGUGAUUAAUUACAAUGUCAGUCAACCUUUGCUAUUCUGUACUUUGGUCUCAAACUUAAUGACUAUGAGUUUGUGCUGUUCAUGUAAAACACUACACAGUUGGAACAUUUUUUUCUUCCAAAAAGAAAUCAGUGCUGUGUCAUGUAACCUCACUACACCAUUCACAUCAGGAAGCGAAACGGAGGUGAAUAGUGUUUGCAAUACAUUAAGUCAGGUUAAGUAGUAAACUGUGCUGAGUGAAAUAAAUAUGCAUAAGCUUUUAGUAUUGUAUGAUACGUCAUUUAGAAGAACUAUAAACUUUUAAUAAUGGUUACUUAGUGAACACUAAUGAAUGGGAAAUUUAAUAAAUUGAAUGCAAUGUGCAAUCGUAAAAAUACAUCUGGUUAUCCCAACCGUAAGUUCACCUGGACCAUCUCCUAUACCUCUCUCUCCUUCCUGGACACCUCUGUUUCCAUCUCUGGCAACCACCUAGAAACAGAUAUCUAUUUCAAGCCUCCCGACUCCCACAACUACCUAGAAUACACCUCCUCUCACCCACCUUCCUGCAAAAAUGCCAUCCCCUAUUCCCAAUUCCUUUACCUCCACUGCACCUGCUCCCAAGAUGAGGCAUUCCACUCCUGGACAUUCCAGAUGUCCUCGUUUUUCAAGGACUACAACUUCCCCUCCACAGUGAUCAAAAUCACCCUUGACCGCAUCUCUCUCAUUUCCCACAACUCAUCACUCAUACCCCUUACCGACAAUAACAGCAAAAACAGAAUCUCCCUCAUCCUCAUGCACCACCUCAUCAACCUCUGGAUCCAACGCAUCAUCCUCUGACACUUGCGCCACCUGCAAUGUGACCCCGCUACCAAGGAGAUUUUUCCCUCCUCACUCUUAUCUGCCUUCCAGAGGGACCGCUCUCUCCGUGACUCCCUUGUCUGCUCAACACUCCCCACCAGCCCCACCAUCCCCGGCACUUUUCCCUGCCACCACAGGAAGUGCUACACCUGCCCCCACACCUCCCUCCUCACCCCCAACCCAGGCCCCAAGCAAACCUACCACAUCAAACAGAUGUUCACCUUCACAUCAGCUAAUGUGGUAUACUGUAUCCACUGUUACCGAUGUGGCCUGCUCCACAUCGGGGGACCAUGCGGAGGCUUGGAGACUGCUUUGUGGAACACCUACGCUCGGUUUGCGACAAACGACUGCACCUCCCAGUUGCGAACCACUUCAGCUCCCCCUCCCACUCCUUGGACGGCAUGUCCACCCUGGGCCUCCUGCAGUGCCACGACGAUGCCACCCAAAGAUUGCAGGAACAGCAACUCAUAUUCCGCUCGGAAACCCUGCACCCCAGUGGUAUCAAUGUGACUUCACAUGCUUCAAAAUCUCCCGUCCCCGACCGCAUUCCAAAACCGGCCCAGCUCGUCCCCGCCUCCCUAAUGUGUCCUUCCACCUACCCCUCUCCCAACUCAACUCCCACCCCCACCCCACUUCCUACCUACCAGUCUCAUCCCCACCUCCUUGACCUAUCUGUCUUCCUUUGACUGAUCAACCCCCAUCCUAACUCCCCACCUUCACUCAGUUUACUGACUCCAUCCCGCUUCCUUGACCUGUCCGUCUCCUCUUCACCUGUAUGCUCGUUUACCCAUCUUCCAUCCACCUGCCCGCCUUUCUAUUUUUUUCAGUCUCCUCUUUCCCUUCCCCAUUUCUGAAGAACGGUUCAGAGCUAAAACGUCAGCUUUCCUGCUCCUCUGAUGCUGUUUGGCUCGUUGUGUUCAUCCAGCUCUACACCUUGUUAUCUCAGAUUCUCCAGCAUCAGCAGUUCCUACUAUGUCUGCUUAAUACCCAGCAGAUUAGAAUGUCUGAAUUGGAAUUUUAAUUUAUGAUUUAGAACUUCUGGAUCUACUUAAUUUAGUGUUAAUAUUUGUGAUAGCAUUGAAAAUUAGAUUUCAGGAACUCUGAAUGAAAAUCAGACAGCAAACUAUUGGAACAGGAGAGUCCAAGUGACUGUACCUAUAAUUUUGAACUAUCACAAUACUGUAGCAGUAAAAAUGUUUUGAAAUUUACAUAUACCUGGCUGAUAUAAACGAUGUUUUCUACCUUUGAAAGUUGCUUAAUAGUAUGACAGAUAGAAUGAUAGAGUUGUCCAUUUUCUUGUAGCGUGCAUCAGGGAUCACUUUCAGCUAGCCUAUCAAAUUACUAAAAAGAGUUUGAUAUAUUAAAUUUGCAAAUCACAUAAAAACAUUUAGUUGUUUCAUGUUCAUUUGUUUGAGGAAUAUUUAGAUUUGUGCAAAUAAUUUGAUUCUAUUGGCAAACCAUCAGGAACCAAACUUUAAGUUUGUCUUAAGGUAUCAUUUUCUUUCCAUUAUCUUGUAUAUGGUAAUUUCACGUAAUAGUCUUAAAAUUAUGCUCCUAGUUACAUUGCUCAUUAUAUUGGAAUUACUUUGAGUUCUCACUUUAGCUCUCGGACAGAAACUGUGUGUUUAGAAUUUUCAGCCUAGAUGAUAAUGAUCUUUUUCACUCAUUUGUAUAUUUGUCUACAUUUUUAGUCUCAAUGAGUAUUAGCUGAGGGCAAAAUAGUGGAGGGUUUAGCAUCAAAUGUAAGUUUUUUAUUUCUCCAUGAAUGGACAUUCAGUAAGCGUGUUGCAACUAUGAGAGAUUGUAUUGCCAAGACAGUGUUACAUGGACUUGCUGAUGAAGAGUCAUCUAGACUCGAAGCAUUAGCUCACUGUCUCCCCAAGGAUGAUGCUUGACCCGCUGUGAUCUCUAGCAUUUGUUGUUUUCAGUACAGAUUCCAGCAUCUGCAGUAAUUUGCUCCUGCUGAUCCCUUUGUGUUUAUUUUUUGUUAAAGGAUAUGAAACAGAAGAAUAUCUAGGAGUAAAAGGGUAAUUAAAAUAUUACAACUAAACUCGAAGGGUGUUAUAAUGAUAGUUAAGUAAAAUAAACAUCUUUAAUUUUACAAAUUAACUGUGCUGUCUUGUUGCAAAUCUGUCUUGAGUACACCCACCAACCAAGCAGCAAAUUUGUAAUAUGCUGUAUUCAAAUUAAACUCUUCUGUGAAAGUUACUUCAUUGACCAUUGAUUGAUCUUUUUGUAAUUGAACUGUUUUAUUAAUGAGUGAAACACAUGGGAACAGUUUACUGUCCCCUACAAUACGACCCUGGAUUAAUCUAGUAGAUUUGAGUUCAUCAAAGUAUAAAACAUAAUUCCAAUAAGUAGAAACAAGAGUAUCAUUGUUCUGCCAUUCAUCAGUUAUGUAUAUUAAUUUUGCAAUAAAUAUUGUUUUUUUUCCAAAUGAGUACAAUACUGGAAGUCUGCUAUUUAUAUUUUAAAGGGGCAGUAUGACUUGUUUGUAUGUAAAUACAAAGCCCUGAGGCAUUAACUGUUUGGAAAGCAAAGUCUUAAUACAAUCUACCAUUGAUUGAAACCUAUUUAUUGUACAAGAAACCAUGUGAGGUUUGUAUUAAUGCCUUAUUUAAUGGAACUUCCAAGCAUUUGAACAGUUCAGAAAUUCAGUGGCACCUGUUGGAACUUUUCUACAUGAAGCGCUGCUAUUUCAUGAAAGAUGGGAACGCAGAUAUGACUGACUUGACUCUGUCAGUUUAAAAAGUAAUUUGUGUGGACAUUUCUACAGAAUGAGAUUAAGUACAGAAAUGGAAGUUGAAGUAUAAACAGUGUCCUUGACUAAAUGUUAAAUUGCAUAACAUUGCAUAAUUUUUAAUCAUUUGUUAUCAAUGUCUGAGCUCAUUCUAACAUUGUUGCCUGUUUAAAUCAAUCUUCAUGAGCUUUCAUUAUGGUGUGUUGCAAGUUGUAUUGCAAAAUGUUUUCUUUCAUAGCUAACCAGGCUGAUGUUUAGUUUCUAUUUUCUAGAAUGUUUUAAACACUAACACAAUGUUUUUUUCCUUAGCAUUUGUAAGUUCAUAAUUAAUUUCACAAAGGCUAUUUUUCAUGAUACCUGUCGAAUGGCUUUAACUAAACUAAAUUCUUUCGAAUGUAGGCAUGUAAUAAGGUUAACCUGUGCAGCUUCCAAUUCCCUAAUUACUGUCAACCAAACUAGUAAAUGUGCUUUGAACCUAUGCAACACUCUUUUUGUUAUAUAACAAAGUAAAUUACAAUGGCGUGA